CAGUUUGUCACUGGAUAGUUUUCCCCACCAUGGAUACAGGUUGUUUCUGAUGCAAAGUUUGAUUCUUGAUUUGUUUGACUCAUUUUAAUUGUCUCUGAAUUGAAGCUAGAUUCACUCUUUUGAAAUGAGUGAGUUAACAGAGCACCUCUGGAGAGCCCCAGUACUCUUGUUGCUGGCAAUGGUGUCUCUCAGUCUGGGCACAAAGUUCACCCUACUGAUCUCCUUGCCCAACACCUCCACUCCUUUCAGUGUUGGCCGGAUUGGGGCUGGAGCUCUCAUCGCCAUCAGUGCCGUAAACAGCAGCCCAGACCUUCUGCCAGGUCAUCAACUGGACUACCAUUAUGUGGAUGAUGAAUGCAAUGAUUUGCGUGGCCCAGGGAAAAUUGUAGACCUUUACCACAGACACAAAUACAGUGCUUUCAUCGGCCCGUCUUGCUCAAAUGUUUGUGCUGUGACUGCUAAACUAGCAGCUUAUUGGAACAUCGCUGUCAUCAGCCCCAUAUGUGCAGAACAACAGUUUACAGAUAAGACGGUCUACCCAACACUAACAAGAGUGUUUGGACCUUUUACUAAACUAGGAGCUUUUUUUGUGGAGAUCUGUAAACAGUUUGGCUGGCAGCGCAUCGGCAUUAUCCAUGACAGCAAACCAGCCUGGAAUAUUCCAGCUGAGGGGAUCAGGUACAAAGCAGAGCACAAUAACAUCACAGUGGCCAAAUAUAUAGAGAUCCAUAGUUCGCUCUCCCAAGGGUCUUUGCCGACAACCUGGUCCUGGGUUCUAACAGAGAUAGCUCAAGUUUCCCAUGUAAUUGUGAUAUCAGCACGCGGCGAGGUGGUCCGCAGCUUGCUAAUUGAAGCUCACAAGAAAGGCCUGACCAAUGGAGAUUUUGUUUUCUUCUGUUUUGAGCCGUACAGUCUAAAAGAGUUGUUUGGCAAUUUUGACUGGAAACAAGGUGAUGAUUUUGACUCAGUGGCAAGGCAAGCCUACCAGGCCUUGUUUUUCCUGUCUCUGUAUAAACCUAGUGAUGAACGGUACCGGGCAUUCUCCAAGAGUGUCAUCAGAAGAUCCAAAAAAGAUUUUGGAUAUACGUAUGCUGCUGAUGAAAAGGUGUCAGUGCUUGUGGCCAUAGCCCAUGACAGUGUCUGGCUCUACGCCCUGGCAUUAAACGAAACCUUGGCAGAAAAUGGAAACCCAUAUGAUGGCUUUGCUAUCAGCAGACGAAUGUGGAACAGGACCAUUACAGGUAUCCAAGGAGACGUAACUAUGGAUGCAAGUGGAGAUUGUGAAUCAGGAUAUAUGAUGAAACACAUUCAGGGUAGUGAUAACCAAUUUCAGGUCAUUGCAAACUACUUUGGGACUGAUAAGGUCUAUGAGCCAGUAAAAGGGGUUCAAGUCACCUGGCCAGGAGGUCGGACAACUCCUCCAAAAGACUCUCCAGAUUGUGGCUUUAGGGGAGAACUCUGCAUUAAUCUGGAGAGAAAGAUCUCCAUUGCUGUGGGGAUUAUUGCUGGCUUGGUGGCCACGGGUACUCUUGCAAUCUGUGUUUUAUACAGAAAGUACAAACUCCAGGAAGAAGCAUCCAAGAUGCUGUGGACAGUCAGUGCUGAUGAUGUCAUAAUGAUGGAGCAUCACUUCUCAACCUGGCCAACAAAGACCCACAGAUCAAAAUCUAUUCAGGCUUCUUUGGAGUCAAUAAUUUGCAGCAUGCAAGACAAGCCAUCAGCACACAGAACUGCAGUCUACAAAGGGACAGUCUGUUCUGUUUGCUUUCUGAACACACGGAGUGCUCAUCUGAGCAGCGAGCUAAUGGAUGAGCUCAAACAGUGCAGAGAUCUGACCCACUAUAACAUUUGUAAAUUUAUUGGAGCCUGCCUGGAGACCCCUCAACCUUUCAUUCUCACAGAGUACUGCCCUAAAGGAAGCCUGCAGGACAUUUUGAAGAAUGAGUCUAUUAAGCUGGACUGGAGUUUUAAGUGUUCCCUCAUGCUGGACAUUGUAAAGGGCAUGGACUAUUUGCAUCAUAGUCCCCUGCACUCUCACGGUCAUCUCUCCUCAUCAAGCUGUGUGGUAGACAGUCGCUUUGUGUUGAAGGUCACUGAUUUUGGAUUCAGUGAUCUCAGGCUUUCAGACAGGGAGCAAAGCCCCGAUUCUGACCCCUGGAUUGCUCUGCUGUGGAGGGCACCUGAGUUGCUGAGGCACUCCAUGCCUGCUAAAGGUACUCAAAAAGGGGACAUUUACAGUUUUGCCAUCAUUGCUCAAGAUGUGGUAUAUCGCAGAGGGCCUUUUUACAUUCCUAACAGCCCCUUCACUGCCAAAGAGAUCGUGGAGAGGGUAAGGGCGGGCGGCUGUAACCCACUGAGGCCGCACACAGACAGAGCAGAGUGUGAAGAGGAGCUGGAGGGACUUCUGGCCAGCUGCUGGAGAGAGAAACCUGCAGAGAGACCGGACUUCUUUUCUCUUAGGACUGCCAUCAAGAAACUCUGCCCUAAUGGAGGGUCUGAAAACAUUCUAGAUAACCUUCUGUCCCGUAUGGAACAGUAUGCGUGUAAUCUUGAAGAGAUAGUCAGUGAGCGAACCGCUCAACUCCAGGAAGAGAAGAAGAGAGCAGAGGGACUUCUCACGCAGAUGUUGCCAAGAUCUGUAGCUGCGCAGCUCAUAGCGGGAAAGACAGUGAGAGCUGAGACGUACGACUGCGUCACCAUCUAUUUCAGUGACAUUGAAGGCUUCACUGCCAUGUCAGCUUCCCUCACACCAAUGCAGGUUGUGAACGUGCUGAAUGACUUGUACACAUACUUCGACAAUAUCAUUGACAACCACAAUGUUUAUAAGGUUGAAACCAUUGGUGAUGCCUAUAUGGUAGUGUCAGGCUUGCCUAUAAGAAAUGGAGACGACCAUGCAAAAGAAAUAGCUAGAAUGUCUUUAGCUAUAGUGCAGGGCAUGAGGAGCUUCCACAGUCCACACGUAUCUCAACAGCAGUUGAGAGUCCGCAUUGGAGUCCAUUCAGGGUCCUGUGUUACAGGGGUUGUGGGUCUGAAAAUGCCACGCUACUGUUUAUUUGGAGACACCGUGAACACUGCCUCCAGAAUGGAGACAUAUGGAUUACCACUGAGAAUCCAUGUGAGCAGUUCCACCAAGUCUCUCCUUGACACUUUCAAGACUUUUCAUUGUGAACUGAGAGGUGACAUCCAAAUAAAGGGAAAGGGCUGGGUGAGAACGUUCUGGCUUUUGGGAGAGGACCAGUGAUAUAAAUGUUCUUCUAAAUAGUAUUUCCUCCCCUUUUUUACAUUGGACAAGACUCAUUCCAAGAGUGCUAAUAUUUACUAGAGUAUAACAGCACUGGAAUGAUUGACUGUUUGUAUCCGUAUGCUUGUCUGUGUUUGCGGCAUUCCAGACAGGCUGUCAGUCAAUGCAUUUACACACACAAUGGUUGAUCCUGGUUUGGCUUCGUUUUGAAAAAUGUGUUGUUCAGCAGAGGAAUAAUAGAAAAAAAAUAACUGUCCAUAUUGUGUCUAAUACACUUAUAUACAACAGUUAGUUCCUGUCCUCGAAUCUGAUUGUACUAGAGGCAUUGCAAGAGUGUUGAUAUAGUAGUCAUAUCAGCUCUGGUACCCUUCACUGUUUGUACUUGUCCGCUUAUGUUCGUGGCAUUCCAACUACAGUCUAAGAGCAGAAGAGUCUGGUUUCUGUGUCAGUGUCAAAAUUAGUUCCCCCAAGAAAUAUACAAGAAUGAAACUGGCAUCCCUCAUGUUUUCUCUCUGACAACAAAACACUUGAACAUGAGUGAAAUACAGUAGGAUAUUUCCCAUAGCAAGUCCGAUAGCAAGCAUCACUGAACGAUCGCUCGGAGCGGAUUACUACUGGAUUACCGCUGAAAAAUCUAGAUAAACUAACAGCUUCAGCAUUACUGUUCAUCACUGCUUGGGUGUUGCAACAGACGCAGGUAAUCACAUGUUCAGUCGCUCUCUCUCUCUCUCUCUCUCUCUGUUAUUCACACAAACGCACACGUCCUUUGAUCUUGUGACACUUUUGAAAGCGUGGGCACAUCUUUUGAACUAACAAUGCAGAUUCUCAUGCAUGAUGGAAGAAAGUAGUUCCAUGCACAAUUCAGUUUUUUGGGACAUUCCUUAGUGUUUCUUAGGCCUAGUCCACACUGAUAUUUUUUUGUUUGAAAACGCAUCUUUUUCUCUCCGUUUUGGCCUUCCGUCCACACUGAGAUGGCGCUUUUGUCGGCGAAAACUGAGCUUUUUGAACACGUACUCCAAAGUGGAUACAUAUGAAAACGCAGUUUUCGUGUUGUAGUGUGAAUUGUGAAAACGGAUGCUUUGGAAAAUGACGAUGCAUUUUUAGUCAUGUGAUCUAUCCAACCAAAACAAUCAAGAUGGCCUGUGUUAUAGCGGCGCUGUUGUGCCUGAUACUCACUUUGAUAGCGUUGUUAAAAAAUAAAUGUCACGUUGUACAACUUUCACAUUGCAUUCCUUCAAAUUCGAAGGGAAGUUUACUCGGAAUUGGUGUCCACCGAUGGAACACGAGGACAAUUGCGUUUCAGACCGCACAUGCAGCGGGGAUUUUCCCCAUGCGCAGUGACACGAUUUAAGCAUUUUCAUACGUUUCAGUGUGGACGAGCAACUUUUGGAAAACGCUUCAAAAUGUUAGUGUGGAACCUUUUGAGUGGAACUUUUGAAACGAAAACGCCGCUUUCAAAUGUAUCCGGGUUAAUGUAGACGAAGCCUUUGUUAUUUAUUGCUUGUUCGUUGAAUUGUUGUAUAAAAGCAAAAUCACACUCACAAUCAUGCUGUCGCACUAAAUAUCAACACUCUUGCUCUUGUGAAAUGUACAGUUUGCUGUGUUAUAGUUCACAGAUUAUUUAUAAGUAGCAAAGAAGUGUUUUCUCUAUUACAAAAUUCUGUCCAAAUGACAUUUCUCUUCAAAUUAUUAUUAUUAUUGUUAUUAUUAUUAGCUCAUCUCUGAAUUGCAGUUAUUGUAUAAUACUUAUAUUAUCCACAACAAUGAUUGGGCUGGAACGGAAAGAUAGUAUCAAAAAUAUCUGAUUUGUUAUUUUUCAUUUAUUUAAUUAUUCAAUUGUGUUUUGUUUAUAACAUUGUAAAUGUGAUUGUGCAUUGUAUGUAUUUUUGCACAUUAUAACAAUAUUGAUUCCAUCCAUAUCAACAUGUCACAAUAAAUUCUGUCAU